AUGCUUCUAUCGCCAGUAGCAUGUCUUUCAUUCGGAUCCGGUUUAUGCGGCGAGUUUGAGAGACUGCUACUUGUUACAGGAACAUGUGAGAGACAAGUAGAGCCUGUUACAGGAACAUGUGAGAGACAAGUAGAGCCUGUUGCCGACACACUUCCACUUAGAGCAUUAUCUCGAUUAUGGGGAAAAAUUAACAAUGAAUAUAAUUUACCUGUUUGGAUGAGAGAACCUUUUUAUAAAUUCUAUAGUUGGAUAUUUGAUUGUAAUUUGGAUGAAAUUGAAAACCCUGAUCUUAAGGCCUAUCCAAAUUUAGGCUCUUUUUUUUAUAGAUCAUUAAAACCUGGUUCGCGACAAAUAGAUAAUGCUAUCCUUGUAUCACCCGCUGACGGCAGAAUUCUUAGUUUUGGAUUAGUAACCGAUGAAAAGGUAGAGCAAAUUAAAGGAAAUUCUUAUACAUUAAGUGCACUGCUAGGGAGUGGUAACAUUAAAAAUGCACAAAUAGACAACAUUGUUAAAUCAACUCAUAUUGUCGAUGAAAAAGAAUUUGCAAAUAUUAAUGGAAUUACAUAUUCUUUGGACUCUUUGUUGGGUGAUGAUUCAGAUCCAACUAAAGUAGAUCAACAAAAAAAAGAAAACCCCAUUUCGAAAAAUGUAACAGACAUUUUGCUUAAUAACACUCAUAAAUGGCACACAAUUAAAAAAGGAAAUGGGCUUUUCUUUUGUGUGAUUUAUCUUGCUCCUGGAGAUUAUCACAGAUUUCAUUCUCCAACAAAUUGGGUUGUUGAGUCAAGACGUCAUUUUGCAGGUGAACUCUUUUCCGUGUCACCAUACAUGUUAAAAUUGUUACCGGAUUUGUUUGUCUUGAAUGAACGGGUAGCGUUACUAGGAAGAUGGAGACAUGGUUUUUUUGCAAUGAUACCAGUUGGUGCUACUAAUGUUGGAUCAAUUAAGAUUAAUUUUGAUCAGGUUCUUCGUACGAAUCAAAAAGAAGAUACUCCCGUUGGGACAUAUACAGAAAUGUCUUAUAAAAAUGCUAGCAAGCUCCUGGGUGGAAAACCUUUAAGAAUUGGCGAAGAAAUCGGUGGAUUUUGCUUGGGUUCCACCAUUGUACUAAUAUUUGAAGCUCCAUUGAAUUUUAAAUUUUGUGCAACAUCAGAACAAAAAAUUCAAGUUGGUCGAAAGUUAGGAGAAAAUGGCAAUUGA